UCCAAUUUAUCAACAUUGAGUAAUGAAGGAAGAAAAAAAAAAAAAGAGACGCGAGAGACGUAAGAAAAACCUAACGGGUCUGAUCCAAUUUGGUUUAGAAGAUGCAGCGAACGGUUCCGAUGCGGAGAGAUGUGAGAAUCCGAAGGCGGAAAAGCCGCCGAUAGUGUCUUUGUCCGAAGCUGCGGCAAAGCUUGAUCCUUCAGAACUUAGGGUUGUCAUCGAAGAAGCACUGGACAAGUAUUGGAAUAUUCCGGAGAAGCUGAUAAUGAAAUUAAACGCUUUCUAUGGGAAGAAACUUUCGCAAGUACCGUUUCCAUGGCUCAAGACCUUCAACGAGUCUCCUUUAUCCACGCUCAUCCAUGUUCCAUUAUCUCAUCUUGCUACAUCUCUCUUGGAAAUAUCAGCCGAUUUAAUCAACAUGAUUCCACGUUACAAACUCAGUAGCUUUAUACUGUGGUCUUCUGAUAACAUUAUCACUGAUUGGGCCAACCAAGAAUAUGUACAACCAGAAGAUCCCGCCCAUACUAUGGUCGCACACUUUAUUGGAUUAGCCGUGGUAUUGCGUACUAAGCCCGAUGCUUUGACUUCUAUUUUGCCUAGUCUGAGGCGCAGACCCGUGUAUCAAGGCCACGACAAGCUUCCCCUUAUUGUUUGGAUGAUGGCUCAGGCCUCCCUAGGUGAUUUAUCUGCUGGCUUGUAUUCAUGGGUGCAUAACUUGUUACCACUACUAGUCGAUAAUAACAAGUGCUGCAGCCCUCAGUCUAUGGAUCUCAUCCUCCAAUUUCUUGAUAUCAUGUUGUCAAAUCCAGAGGCUCAGACCAUACUUGUAAAUCGAGCUGAUAGAGACGGAAAGCGGGUGAUUCCACCUUCUUCAUUUGAGAUCUUGCUUCGUCUUACAUUCCCUGAUUCAUCCGCUAGACUAGAGGUAACAGAGAGGUUUGAGGCAGUUUAUCACUUGUUGAAAGAAGUCGCCCUUGCACCAGAGAGUAGUGCAACAGGAGGAAACGCAAUGGAAGAGAUAUUCACUUUUUCCUUAAAAUUAGUUGGAGAAGGAAAUCCUGGUCUAGCCAAGGAAGCUGCAGCAAUCGCUCUCCGGUCUGUGACAGAAAACGUUGAUUGCUUUAAGCACUGGGAUAUUCUCUAUAAUGAUCAUUUAGAAGCUAGCGUCUCUCUUCUUAGAAAGCUUGUAGACGAAUGGAAGGAUCAUUCCCCUAAUUUAUUAUUAUCACCAGGUGGUACUCUCACUGUCAAUCAAGCUAUAAAAAGCUUCAGGCUUAAGAAUGAAAAAGCCAUCACUGAAGGAGGAGCCAAUUGUUCACUUUACGAAAAAGCUGACAAGUCCUGUAAACUGCUCUCGUGGAGACUCUCCCGUGCAAGUGGCCUCCUCAAAAUUACACUUCUUGUUUCUGCAUGCACCUGUGCAGGAGGCGUUGCAGGAGCCGCACUUGCUCUAGCUUACCAGCAAGCAUAAUGAAGUUGGGAUCUAUAGGGCUGGUCCAACCUUAAUUAUCGUAUAAAAUCAUGAUAACCGUUAAACAACAUUGUCUCCCAAAACAAAUUAAUAGAGGAUAAAAUGUAUAUGGGUGUGGUUUUAUGUAUAACCAUGAAAUAUUGAACAAGGUAUCUAGAGCUUAACAUCUUUGUUUUAUGUUUGACGUUUUGAACAACAAACUCGCAGUGUUAUGCCAAACUUUGUUGGUCAA